GUGCGCAGAGGGAAAGCGGAAUCUACACCUUCCCGGCCAGCGGUAGCAACUGCAGAACUGCAGGAGACAAUCUUUCUAGACAAGGCAGUUGAGGAGGAGGGAGCGCUUGGAGGUGGGGGUUGGCCUGGUGUGCACUCCACACCUCGGGGACGCUACUGCGCGUGGAACGGCUGCUUUUGGAAGACUGUUGCCCAGAAGAAAAGAUGUUUGGUUUUCACAAGCCAAAGAUGUACCGAAGUAUAGAGGGCUGCUGUAUUUGCAGAGCUAAGUCCUCCAGUUCUCGAUUUACUGACAGUAAACGCUACGAAAAGGACUUCCAGAGCUGUUUUGGGUUGCAUGAAACUCGUUCAGGAGACAUCUGCAAUGCCUGUGUCCUGCUCGUGAAAAGAUGGAAGAAGUUGCCAGCAGGAUCAAAAAAAAACUGGAAUCAUGUGGUAGAUGCAAGGGCAGGACCCAGCCUAAAGACUACAUUGAAACCAAAGAAAGUGAAAACUCUGUCUGGAAACAGGAUAAAAAGCAACCAGAUCAGUAAACUGCAGAAGGAAUUUAAACGUCAUAAUUCUGAUGCUCACAGUACCACCUCAAGUGCCUCCCCAGCUCAGUCUCCGUGUUACAGUAACCAGUCCGAUGAUGGCUCAGAUACAGAGAUGGCUUCUGGUUCUAAUAGAACACCAGUUUUUUCCUUUUUAGAUCUCACAUACUGGAAAAGACAGAAAAUAUGUUGUGGGAUUAUCUAUAAAGGCCGUUUUGGGGAAGUCCUCAUCGACACACAUCUAUUCAAGCCCUGCUGCAGCAAUAAGAAAGCAGCUGCUGAGAAGCCAGAGGAGCAGGGCCCAGAGCCUCUGCCCAUCUCCACUCAGGAGUGGUGACUGAGGUUUUUAUGUAGAAGGGGAACAAAAAAUGAUUUAAGUUUUGAAAAGACCACAAAGCAACAAGCUGACCCUCCUAUUUUUAACUUGGAUACCUGCUAUUCUGCCAAAAGACAACUUCUAGAAUAGUUUUGAAUGGGUUAUUUUUCCCCCAGUUCCACAAGCUCUGAAGCCAGUGUCUAGCUUACUAAAAAAAGAAUUGUAUAUAAUAUUUAAGAUGCUGAGUAUUUCAUAGGAAAGCUGAAUGCUGCUGUAAAGUGCUCUUUAAGUCUUCUUUUUUUUUUUUUUAAAUCCCCUUCUAAUGAAUGAAACUAAGGGGAAUUUCAGGGGACAGUGAUGGGAUUUGUUGUAUGAUAAACAGUUUGUAGUUUUAGUCUUUCUAUAUUGAGAAGCAGUGGUUGGGGCAUAUUUUAAGAUGGCUGGCUACACUUGUUUUCCCUCAUGAUAAUAAAGUUGUCAUAACUCAGUAACAUGGACUUGCUCCUAGAGGUAAUUGUUAAUAAUUUUGAAAUAUUAAGGUCUUGCCAAGGUUCUGAUGAUUCAAACCUGUACUACUGAUUAUUAAGCAGGACAGACUGAGCUUUCUGUUACAAAUACCUUGAAGGAAAAAGUAAUUUCUAAAUAUACAGAGAGGUAACUUGACUGUAUAUUUUGCAUCCCGUGCCACCUCCGUUCAUAUUAAUGUUUGAUAAAGGUUUUAAUUUAUGUGAACUUUCUAAAGCAGAAUGAAAGCUCUUCUUGGGGAAAUGGCAAGUCUUUAGGAUAGAUGAGACCGUAGUUGAAUAGUACCAAAGCAUUACCACACGGUAGACAGCACACUCCAUUAAAAACGUUAAACUGUCUGAAAAAUAAAAUGUUCAAGUCUUCAGGAUGGCACAAAACAAAGGUUGAUUCUUUUGGGGGACAUAUUUCUUAGAGGGCUUGCCGAGUAUGUAAAUAAUUGACUUUGUUUGUGUUACGUGACUGUUUGAUGACUUCAUUGAAAAUCUGCACAAUUCAGUUUUAGCUCUGGAUUACUUCAGUUGACCUUUGUGAAGGUUUUAUCUGUGUAGAGUGGAUGUUUGACUUGUUUUAACCUAUUAGGGUUUUUAUUGUUUUUCACUCUAUGUUUAAAGUAAAAUUUACUAAAAGAAAAGAGGUGUGUGUUAAUGCUAAGUGGGUUGGUUUUGGUUUGGCUUCUUUUAGUCAGGCUUUCUAAACAUUGAGAUAUCCUGAACUUGGAGUUCUUCAAUUCUAAAAUCCUCAUUAAAAGCCUCUCACUUGAACCCAAACCAAAGUACUCUUCUUGCCUCUUUUCUAAAAGUUCAGGAGAAAAAUAUCACCAGUUCAGACUUAUUUUCAUAAUGAGGGAGGAGCGUUUGCCUGCCUUAUGAUGACAUGACUCAGUGCUUAUUUUUUAAACUGGAUUUGAAAAAUUGGAUAGUAUAACAAUAAGGAGUGAGCCACUUUUUAUGGACACCCUAUAGUUUUAUAGUUCUUAAUCUAAACAUUUUAUAUUUCUUCCUUUUGGAAAAAACCUAUAUGCUAUAAGCCACCAUAUGCACCGACUACACAGCUAGUGGGGUCGGCUCUCACAGCCUUUGAGGUGAAUUACAAGAGUCCAGCCAUUAUCAUCCUCCUGAGUUAUUUUGAAAUGGUUUUUUUUUUUUUGUACAUUUUGGCUGCAGUAUUGGUGGUAGAAUAUACUAUAAUAUGGAUCAUCUCUACUUCUGUAUUUAUUUAUUUAUUACUAGACCUCAACCACAGUCUUCUUUUUUCCUUCCACCUCUCUUUGCCUGUAGGAUGUACUGUAUGUAGUCAUGCACUUUGUAUUAAUAUAUUAGAAAUCUACAGAUCUGUUUUGUACUUUUUAUACUGUUGGAUACUUAUAAUCAAAACUUUUACUAGGGUAUUGAAUAAAUUUAGUCUUAUUAGAAAAUAAAA